AUGUAAGUAAUAAAAUACAUGUACAGAAGGAUAUGUUGAUAGAUUGCCUUUUUUAAUGACCAGUAAAGUUUUGGGUAUAUAUAGUUACUGAACCUCCACAUUGGGUAUCAGUGUUGUUGACCUGACAUCAAAAAUCCAGUAUGUUGAAACUUAUCCUGUUGAGUGUAUGUGUCGCAAUGGCCUGCGCAUUCUAUGACAAAGGUUAUGGUGGAUACGGACCAGGAUUUUGGGGUCACGGAGGUUACAGUAAAAUCAUUUAUGAUGGAUAUGACGGAUACGGUAAAGGAUAUGGUUAUGACGGGUACGGUAAAGGAUACGGAGGAGGAAUAAAUGAUGGAUACGGUAAAGGAUACGGUGGUUUCGGCGGAUAUGGUGGUUACGGAUACGGAGGAUUUGGUGGUAAUGGCGGUUACGGAAAGGGAUAUGGAGGAUACGGAGUUCAUGGCGGAUAUGGAAAAGGAUAUGGAGGAUAUGGAAACGGUGGAUACGAUGGCGGAUAUGGAUAUGGAAACAGUAUCGGAUACGGAAGUGGAUUUGUGUCAGGGAAAGGGAAAAUAGGUGGUGGUUACUGAGGCCCACGAUUACAGUCCAGAGUUGUUUUCUGACAGAAAACAAAACAAAGAUUCUAAAAUGCUUAUUCAACAAUAAACAAAUCUACAAAGUU